CCCAUCCUCCCGGGUACCCUUUGUCUGCUCCUUUGUAGCCGCUCUAGGUCAUGGCGGACACGCCAGGAGACGAUCGUACUUUGCGCGGCGAUGCGACGCCCCUCCCCGACGCUCAUCACGUCGACAUUGCACAGGCGACCGCCCAGUUCAAUGAGCUCCAGCGUACACUGUCAAUCCGGUCUCAGCGCGCCAACUCAGAAAGCACGCGAUCCGCGAACGAAAAAGAUCCAGAGAAAGGCGGACGCGAGCAUGAUGGAGAGGUGUUCGACCUCCGCGCGUAUCUCACUUCUUCCAACGAACAAAGCCAGGCGGCGGGCCUCGCGCACAAACAUGUGGGCGUCACCUGGGAAAACCUCGAAGUGGAGGGGUUUGGUGGCAUCGGUCACAAGAUCUAUAUAAGGACCUUCGGGCAGGAUGUCCUCAGCUUUUGGCUCACGCCGUUCAACAUUGCGCGGCGGCUUGUUGAGACAUUCAUCCCCGCUGUCCGUCCAAAGAUGCCACUCUCGACGAUCCUCCACCCACAAUCAGGUGUCUUGAAGCCCGGGGAGAUGUGUCUGGUUCUUGGCUGCCCUGGAUCAGGCUGCACCACUUUUCUGAAGGCUAUCGCCAACCAGCGGUCGGAGUACGCAGCGAUCCAUGGCGACGUCCGUUACGCUGGCAUUGAUGCGGAGACGAUGGCCAAGCAUUACAAGGGUGAAGUUGUAUACAAUGAAGAGGACGACCGGCAUAUUGCUACUUUGACCGUCGCCCAGACGCUGGACUUCGCACUGUCGCUAAAGGCUCCAGGGCCGAAGGGUCGCCUGCCAGGCAUGACCCGAGCACAGUUCAACGACGAAGUCCGGAAUACUCUUCUCCGCAUGCUCAACAUCUCGCACACGGCGAACACCUAUGUCGGCGACGAGUUCGUCCGUGGUGUUUCCGGUGGUGAGCGGAAGCGUGUCUCCAUUGCGGAGAUGAUGGCCACCCGUGCGCACGUAUUGUGCUUCGACAACUCUACCCGUGGGCUCGAUGCGAGUACCGCGCUGGACUUUGUCAAGGCCAUGAGAGUUAUGACGGACAUCCUAGGUCAGACGACUUUCGCGACACUCUACCAAGCCGGCGAAGGUAUCUACGAGCUUUUCGACAAGGUCAUCGUCUUGAACAAGGGCCGUCAAGUUUACUGUGGUCCUUCCUCCCAGGCGCGUGCGUACUUCGAAAGCCUCGGCUUCAAGUCCCUCCCUCGCCAGAGCACUGCUGACUACCUCACCGGUUGUACGGACCCCAACGAGCGGCAAUUCGCUCCUGGCCGCUCCGAAAACGAUGUGCCUACGACCCCAGAGCAGAUGGAGGAGGCGUUCCUUCGGUCCCGCUUCGCUGGCGACAUGCUUGACGACCUCCAGAAGUACAAGCUCAAGAUGGAGCACGACAAGUCCGACCAGGAGGCGUUCCGCACGGCUGUCAUCGCGGAUAAGAAGAAGGGCGUGUCAAAGAAGAGCCCGUACACGCUUGGCUUCACCGGCCAGGUCAGGUCGCUGUUCAUUCGGCAGUUCAGGAUGAGGCUUCAGGACCGGUUCCAGCUGAUCACGAGCUUCACCUUGUCAUGGGCUUUGGCUUUGGUUAUCGGCGCAGCGUACUACAACCUCCAGUUGACCUCUCAGGGCGCGUUCACUCGCGGCUCUGUCGUCUUCGCUGGUCUUCUUACGUGUACUCUGGAUACGUUCGGUGAAAUGCCCGUUCAAAUGCUCGGCCGUCCCAUCCUCAAAAAGCAGACGAAUUACGCUCUCUAUAGGCCAGCCGCCGUGGUGAUCGCCAAUACGCUUUCGGACAUACCCUUCUCUGCAGUCCGCGUCUUCGUCUACAACUUGAUUAUCUACUUCAUGUCGGAUCUCGCGCGAAACGCAGGCGGGUUCUUCACGUACCACCUCUUCAUUUACAUCGCGUUCUUGACGAUGCAAGGUUUCUUCCGGACGUUGGGUAUCAUCUGUACAAACUUCGACUCAGCAUUCCGCCUUGCGACGUUCUUCAUCCCGAACAUGGUCCAAUACGGUGGCUACAUGAUUCCUGUCCCGCAAAUGAAGCGAUGGCUGUUCUGGAUCUACUACAUCAACCCCGUGGCCUAUGCUUUCGGCGGAUGUUUGGAGAACGAGUUCAUGCGCGUCGGCUUUACUUGUGACGGUAGUUCUGUCGUGCCACGUAACCCUCCCGGCUUGAACAAGUACCCGACGGAUAUAGGUCCCAAUCAAAUCUGUACUCUCUUCGGUGCAAUCCCUGGCCAGCAGAUCGUGCAAGGCAGGAACUACCUCAACGUCGGCUAUGGACUCAACGUAUCUGACCUAUGGCGACGCAACUUCCUCGUUCUUUGCGGCUUUGUGAUCGUCUUCCAGCUCACUCAAGUAUUUUUGAUCGAGUGGUUCCCAACCUUUGGUGGAGGCUCUGCGGUGACCAUCUUCGCCCCUGAGGACUCUGACACCAAGAAGCGGAACGCUGUCUUGCGGGAGCGGAAGGAGGCCAGGGCCGCUCGUAAGAGGAAGGGCCUGAGCGAGCAGGUCGACGAGGAUCUCAACGGAGGCAACACGACGAAGUUCUACGGCAAACCUUUCACCUGGGAGAACAUCAACUACUAUGUCCCGGUCCCCGGUGGUACUCGUCGCCUCCUUCAUGAUGUCUUCGGUUAUGUCAAACCUGGUACAAUGACUGCCCUGAUGGGUGCGUCUGGCGCCGGCAAGACCACUUGUCUCGACGUUCUUGCUCAGCGUAAGAACAUCGGCGUCGUUUCCGGCACGCUCCUUCUUGACGGCGAGCCUCUCGACUUGGACUUCGCUCGCAAUACAGCUUACGCUGAGCAGAUGGACGUCCACGAGGGUACUGCCACCGUUCGCGAGGCCAUGCGUUUCUCCGCUUAUCUCCGUCAGCCCGUCGAGGUCUCGAAGGAGGAGAAGGACCAGUACGUCGAGGAGAUGAUCGAGGUGCUCGAGCUGCAGGAUCUCGCCGAUGCUCUCGUCUUCACCCUCGGCGUCGAGGCUCGCAAGCGCCUCACCAUUGGCGUCGAGCUAGCUAGUCGUCCUUCGCUUCUGUUCCUCGACGAGCCCACGUCUGGUUUAGACGGUCAGAGCGCGUGGAACCUGGUCCGUUUCCUUCGCAAACUCGCCGAUAACGGGCAGGCCAUCCUGUGCACGAUUCACCAGCCCUCCUCGCUCCUCAUCCAAACCUUCGACAAGCUCUUGCUGCUCGAGCGUGGCGGUGAAACGGUCUACUUCGGCGACGUUGGUCCAGAUUGUCACAUUCUGCGCGAGUACUUCGCUCGGCACGGCGCCCACUGCCCGCCCAACGUCAACCCGGCCGAGUUCAUGCUUGACGCCAUCGGUGCUGGUCUUGCGCCUCGCAUUGGUGACCGUGACUGGAAGGACCACUGGCUCGAUUCACCUGAGUAUCAGGACGUCCUGGUGGAGAUUGAAAAGAUCAAGCGCGAUACGGACUCCAAGGACGACGGCAAGCCGAAGAAGGUUACGAUGUAUGCCACUCCCUUCUGGCAGCAGCUGCGCUACGUCCUCCAGCGCAACAACGCGAAGCUCUGGCGGUCGCCCGACUACGUCUUCACCCGGCUGUUCGUCCAUGCGUUCAUCUCGCUAUGGGUGUCGCUCUCGUUUUUGCAGCUAGGCAAAGGCACGCGCGACUUGCAGUACCGUGUGUUCGGCAUCUUCUGGACUACGAUUCUUCCUGCCAUCGUUAUGAGUCAGCUCGAGCCUAUGUGGAUUCUUAACAGGCGUGUCUUUAUCCGAGAGGCGUCAAGUCGAAUCUACUCGCCGUAUGUUUUCGCCAUCGGCCAGCUCUUGGGCGAGAUUCCAUAUUCUGUCCUGUGCGGCAUUGUUUACUGGGUUCUCAUGGUCUUCCCUAUGGGCUUCGGUCAAGGCUCCGCUGGUGUCGGUGGUGAAUUCUUCCAGCUGCUCCUCAUCAUCUUCGUGGAGUUCUUCGGCGUCAGCCUUGGUCAGCUCAUAGGUGCCUUGUCGCCUAGCAUGCAGAUUGCCCCGCUCUUCAAUCCGCCCAUCUCGCUCGUGUUGGGCACUUUCUGCGGUGUGACUAUACCUUAUCCGUCUUUGGCUGGGUACUGGCGCUGGCUGUACCAGCUUAGUCCGUUUACUCGUACCCUCAGCGCCAUGCUAUCCACCGAACUUCAUGGUCUGGUCAUUCGGUGCAAAGCUGAUGAGUUGGUUAGUUUCACUCCGCCUGCUGGUCAGACGUGCCAGCAGUGGGCCGGCGAGUUCGUGACCGCCUUCCGCGGGUACCUCCAGAAUCCCAACGCCACCGAUACGUGCCAAUACUGCCAGUACUCGGUUGGAGACGACUUCUUCGAGCCUCUCAACAUCAAGUACUCGAACAGGUGGCGCGAUGCUUGGAUCCUGUUUGCUUUCUCAGUUUUCAACGUCGCUGCUACUAUCAUCGCAUCUCGCUACCUCCGUUAUGCUAAGCGUUGAGAACUGAUCUCAGUCUACUCUUCCUACGGACUCCUCGCAUUCACGUUAGACUUCACGCAAUACUCCUUUUCCACGUACUAGUCAUGACCUAGACAACAUCGUAAUCAUCCUUUGGUUUGUAUUCCGUGCACAUGUUUUGUCUGGGACCCCAUGUAGCUUGUAGCUUAUCAGCUGUCGAAGCUCCGAAGUAAUAGAAUAUCAUCACGCUAACACUUUGCGACCGGCGUAAGAUUUGCUCCUUGGGGUAGGUAUGGGGCCAAAGGAAAGACUGCUUAAAAAUACAUGGACGAUAGCAGUGUCCGAACGGUACAUGGUUUGAGCUUGUGGUCAUCACUGGUUUGGCGCACUUUGGAAAAUGUCUCGCAACUGUGCUUGAGCAUCGUUGAACUGUUUCUCGAGGUACUUACUCUUCUUCUCGAGGUUCUUGAUGUCGUCCGUGAGCUCCUUUUCCUCAGCCUUAAGUUCCUUUUCCAUCGUCGGGCGUGGUACGUUCAUGAACAUUUUCCCGACACCCUUGUACAAGUUCACAUCACCCUGUAGUGACGUGAUCUCCUCGAUAGUCAGCUGUAGAAUCCUGCGCUCGCGCUCCUUAGCCGCGAUCUGCUGCUUCGAGACGUUCAAAGCCCGCUGCGACUGCACAGCAGUCUGCUGGAUCUGUACUAGGAUCUUGCGGAGAGUGUCAUCCGAGAGGGUGGCCAUGGCUUGGGGCUACCGGACGGCAGGUCAAGGAGGAUGAGAUCA